GCCGGGCGCUGUCCGCGGUGCUGACGGGUCGCGGCCGCAGCGGAGCCAUGGAGGCGGCGGCGGCGCGGGGCUGCGGCGUGUCCGCCCUGCUGCUCAUCGCCUGCGUUGGCUUCUGCUCUCCCGUGUGUGUUGAGGUCCCGUCGGAGACGGAGGCCGUCCAGGGAACGCACAUGAAGCUACUCUGUAUCUCCUGCAUGAAGAGAGAGGAGGUUACCGCCACCACGCUGGUCGAGUGGUUCUAUCGGCCUGAAGGCGGGAGAGAUGAACUUAUCUAUGAGUACAGAAGAACCUACCAUGAAUUUCCAAGCCGUUUCAGUGGCCGGCUACAGUGGAAUGGGAGCAAAGACAUGCAGGAUGUGUCCAUUACCGUGCUAAAUGUGACCUUGAACGAUUCAGGGAUCUACACCUGUAAUGUCACGCGGGAGUUUGAGUUUGAGAUUCACCGCCCACUCUUCAGAAGCUCCAGACUCAUCCACCUCACCGUGGUUGAGGAGGCUGGCGAUGACUUCACUUCAGUCAUCUCUGAAAUUAUGAUGUAUAUCCUUCUGGUCUUCCUCACCUUGUGGCUGCUGAUCGAAAUGGUCUAUUGCUACAGGAAGGUCUCCAAAGCAGAGGAAGCUACCCAGGAAAAUGCGACUGACUACCUCGCGAUUCCAUCAGAAAACAAGGAAAACUGUUCGGUGCCUGUGGAGGAGUAGCAAAGGGGAGAUGGUGGCAUGAUGCGCCACAAGGGGCUCUGAAGUUGGAAGGACCAUGCAAUUCCAGUCAGGUUUGGGGGAACCCUACAGCAUCAGGAGGAAAUGAGGGAAAGUGUAAAAAUCCCUUCUGUUUGCCUUGGACUUUAUACAGCCUUGACAUCAGCUUCAUGAUUCCAUCCUGAGCUGCCAGCCUGUUUGCUAAAGGACUCUCCUUUGAAGCAUGCUGAGCAAAGGGCAUGGGGGUACGGGCAGCACGGCUCCUUCCCAAGUUUCAGCCCCCACCUCACCCUAAUGGCUCUGUAAAUAUCGGUGUCAUUUCUCACCCCCCUCCACAUUCUCCUUUGUUUGCAAACGAUGCUAAUCCUGCCUGGGAGCUUAGUGGUGUGUCACAUUAUUCUGCCCUGUGUGACCUGGAGAGGGGUCAUCUUAGUACAAUGCUCAGCCAUUCUAGACACUAGAGUAUCCCAACCCUGCACCUGCUGCCUCCCCUUUAGGUGCCUGCUUCUUGGUUGCGGCUGCAAGCAUGAGACAGAGGCUGGGGGUACCAGAGUGCCCCGAACAGCUUGAUACUGCACCAGCUGUCUGGGACACGGGCGCUGCUUGUUGCUGAGGAGGGGAUUGCGAGAAUUCACCCCAAAUGGAAAGCAUCGCUGCCAAUCUGGGAGGCCCCCACGCUGAUUUGUAACUCAACACAACCCUGACACCCAAGUCAUUGAAUGCAACAGACAUCCGUGUAGUGUCUGCUAGUCUUGCAUUGCCACUUCACCCAUCAGAUAGUCUGAGUGUUUCCUGAUCGCUGACGUAACCUCCAUCAAAUAGCAGCAACACAGAGGAGCAGCAUGAGAGAGAUUUAGCCUACUAGAGGAUGCUGCUGAUUUCAGGAGGACUAGAAAGCCAGCAAGCCUGAAGACAGGAGACUGGUUUAGGUAAGAAAGUGAAUGAAAACGGAUUAUUCUUUCGUAGGAAAGUCGGGACAAGGCUUUGGGAUUUGUGGAGCAAGGAGAAGGCAGGGUAGCAGCACCACCUAGUGAUUUUAGAAAGGAAAUGCUUGUUUUCUCUAUAGCCAUUAAGAAUGCAUUAUUAUUUCCCCUUGAUAAUAUGAGCCAUUAUUGCACAAGAUUCCUAUUGCCAAUCAAGUUUCUCUUAAAGCACAACUAGAGUUUGUUAAGGUAAAGGGUUUUGGCUUCAUUAAACAGACCAUGUAGCAUGAGGACUGAAGCUUAGUUAGAACCCAAGCUAGUUAAGGGUGUUUCUUUGUGGGAGGAAGUGGGAAAUAAGGGGGAUGCUGUGCCCCAUUCACGAAACAGGAUGUUUCCUCAUAGCAGCUAGUGUGACAUCCCUGCUGCACUAGUGGCUUUACUGCCUGUAAGAAUUCAGAUGGUUCUGCCACACCGACUCUUUGCUUCCAAGCAGAUAAAAUGCUCCCCAUCCAGGCAUGCUUCCUGUGUAGCCUUCCUCUGCUUUAUGCUACAGCUUAGAAAUGACUCUCCUGUGACUGAACCAAAUUGGAUCAGAAUCUACCCAUUGUCCUGGUUUUAAUAAUAGGACAAACUGAAAGCCCAGACUCAGAGGGUUGAACUGUAGCAUGUCCAAAACCAGAUCCCGGUCUCACAUCUCGAACCUAAAUUAAGCAUGCUUUGUGUAUAAUGCCACUAAGAUUGGGCACUGUUUUCUUAGUACCCCAUGUUUAAAACAGAGGAAAGUGUCUCCACUUUUGGUUCCUUUUGGAUGUCUUCAUUUUUCAAUGCUUGCUCAUCCAGCCUAAGAUACUAUUGUGCAUAAUGCUAACCCUGGGGGCCUGGCCCCAGGGACUCAGGCAGCGGGAAUAAAUCUUGACUUGAUGGUUCCAGGUGGCCACAGCCUCGAUGCACUGUGUGACUUUAGGUAGGUCACUUAACCUUUUUCCAUGCUUCAGUUUUUCCAUAUGUAGGAUGAAGAUGCUCCAGCAAAGCCAUAGGGUUCUUUAAGAGUUAAUGAAUGAUAAAAUGCUGAGAGCUGCCUCAGAGGGAAGGAGGGAAAGAAGGGUUGUGUUUAAUCCCCUAUGCUUUCCUUUCAUGAUUUUGUCUCAAGAUGCUGUUGUGUGUGGCUUUCAUCUUCCAUUCACCCACUCCUUUAAGAGGCACUCCAGCAGACAGGUACUACCAAUCUCCUGUGAGUAUUUUCAGGCAGGGGGAAGCUGCAUUAAGGUUUCACCUUCCCAUUGAAAAAAAAAAGGGGAAAGAGAGAGUCAUUUGUCCUGGUGUUAAAGGCUGUUUGUGUCUUCUGGGAAGAUCUUCCCCAGCUGGUGUCAGGAAAGACCCUCUGUGUAUAUGGAAAUGACAUGAGAGACCUUAGAAGUAGGUAGGACAAUAAAAGAGAAGCACUCCAUGAACUCAA